AUGGGUUGGUAUUGUUCGAUGAUGGGUUUCACGAGAAGUUGGAGCAUGCCGACCAACUUGGGCAACUCCUGCAAGUCCACCGUGGCUGGCGUGUUCUACCGCGUUGACGCGGCAUUCCUCUGCCUCGGCUGCGACUCCAGGAUCCCUGGGUCUAGUAAGCUGUCCGAGCGCCACGAGCGCUUCUGGAUGUGCGAGGUCUGUGAGCAAGCCCUGGCUGCUGUCACCUGCAAGGCCAACCAGGCCGCGCUGUGCGUCACCUACGAAGCCAACAUCCCCCCCAAAACCAAUCCCCUCGCCCAUUGCCACGAGCGCAUGCCGAUGGAGCCGUUCCUCAAUGCCGCCGGGUCCAUCUCCAAGGUCGCCUCCGCCUUCAACUUCCUCGCUGUGCCCAGUAAGAUCGGCCGCUCCGCCACGUGCGGUGGAGGCUUCAGUGGCGCAUGCGAGAAUGAGGAGUUGGAAGCGACUUCGUGGAUAUUCUUGAACACUAUCGGUAUGAGUAGUAAUAAGAUUGCACGAGAAUGGAUGUGA